UCUAUUUUUUUUUAGAAACAAGUGCUGGUAGAGUAGCGUGUGUUUGCAACACUAAAAGCAUUAUAAAACGAUGGCAACACAAGGUCGAAUUUUGAUUUAUGGUGGAAAAGGUGCACUAGGAUCGACAUGCGUCAAAUAUUUCAAGACGCACAACUUUUGGGUUGGCUCUAUAGAUCUUGCACCAAAUGAGGAUGCUGACGCAAACAUCGUUGUGAAACCUGCCGACACGUGGGCUGCCCAGGAGGAGGAAGUCAACAAGUGUGUGGAGAGCGUGUUGGGAGAACACAAGAUCGAUGCUAUUUUCUGUGUGGCCGGGGGGUGGGCUGGUGGCAAUGCUUCCUCCAAAGAUUUAAUCAAGAAUUCAGAUAUGAUGUGGAAGCAAAGUGUGUGGACAUCUGUCAUAUCUGCUGGAUUGGCUGCCAGACACCUCAAGGAGGGAGGAGUGCUCUCCCUUCCUGGAGCUGCCCCUGCUCUUAGUGGAACUCCUGGUAUGAUUGCCUAUGGUUUGGCCAAGGCUGCUGUCCAUCAGUUGGUGCAGAGUCUGGCUGGGAAGAACAGUGGUCUACCUCAGAACUGCUUUGUAGCCGCCACAUUGCCUGUCACACUGGACACACCAAUGAAUCGCAAGUUCAUGGGUGAUGCAGACUUUUCUACUUGGACACCUCUUGAUUAUGUUGCCGAGUUGUUCCACAAAUGGCUAAAGGGUGAACGUCCUGCAAAUGGAAGUCUUGUCAAGAUUGUCACCAAAGACAAUAAAACUGAAACAGUUAAUCUUUAAAAACAUUAACUUAGUAGCAUGUUACAAUUUGCUGACAUAGCAAUUGUUUGUCUACCAGUCUAGGAUACACCAGGUUAGUUCAUACAUCAGAAUACGACGUGUUGUGCAGUUUAGGACAGGUUAGCUCAAGUGAGACUCAGAUGACCUAUGUCAUUAGUUUUGUCAGUCAUCUUUAUUCUAGUCAUAGUUUAGAAUUUCUUUCUGAAACUACUAAACAUUAUUUUAAGUGAUACUUCUAAGGAAAUAUCAUUGGCAGAUUUUGCUUAAUUAAAUACAUAUUAUUAACCACCAUUGGCAGGUUUUGCUUAAUUAAUUAAAUGUUAUUAACCUAAAUGAUCACCAAAACAUCCUUUGUGGAACAUAACCCUAUAUAUGUAUUUAAAAAAAAAAAAAAAAUAUUUGCAGGGAUUAAAUCAUUAUGUAAUUUAAGCUGAUGAUCAGGAACCAAUUUCACAAGAUGUUGUAUGUCUAGUGUUGAAAUUACACAAAAGCAAUUGUUAUAACUAAAAACUAUACAACUAAUAUACCCAGUAGUGUUAAAUUUACAGAAAUAAUUUUCUUUCGUCUUUGCUGUAAUUUUAUCUGUGAAAUAUAUACCAAUGGAAUAAAAACAUACAACUGCUAAGUGUUAAACGUAAACGUGUGAUCUUUUGUGAAAUUGGCCCCAGCACCACAUUACUAUACAGGACAUUCCCGGUACUACAGCUCAGUACUGUUUUUGUUUCAAAGUUAAAUCGGUUAACAGUUUUUCAAAAGGUCAUUGGGGUUGAUUUACAAUUUUACAGUUUACGAUUUUAAUUGAAAAACACAUGUUUUUGGUCUCCACUGGAAUGAACAUUGUUCUCAAUAUAAAUGUAAAAAUAUUAGCUGUGUUAGAAAUGGCAUUGAGCAUUUGUGUAGAUAAUUGUUAAUGAUUCCAUUAUCCGUUAAAUAGGUUAUUGUGACAUUAGCUGUAAGGUGUAGGCAGUGAUGGUUCAAGUAUUGUAAUAAUAUUACUGAUAAUACAUAUUACAUAUUAUAACUAGCAUUCAUAUCUGUCACUAUCUUUGUCCAGCACUCUUAAUCCUAAAAUAAUAAAACCAGUAUCUUAAUGUUUUAUUUGCAGUUUCACUUUUAUGAAUUUGUUUUUUCACUACUCUACUUAUUUUGAAAAAUCUUAAAGUAAUACAUGUAUUUGGCUGUUUUGUUUAAAAGCUUGUUAUUUCAACCCUGGCAAUUAACCCUGGCAAUCGGCAAUGCAAUGGAGAACUCAUUGGUGUUUUCAAAUGUUUUUAAGCAUUUAUUUUUCUGUGGAACAUUCUGUUUUUUGUCACUUUUCUUAAUUAUUGUUUGGUAAAAUUAAUACUGACAAAUUAAAAUCCUUCCACAUUAAUCACAAAAAAAUGCUGUGGAGACUAUUUUUAUGGCAUAGUGUUUAGCAUUUUGUUAAUUGCCAGGAUUGAAUUUAACUGUUUAAACACUUAUGUGUGCAUUUAUUUUUCCAUUAUCUUAUAACUACAUUCCACAUCUGUUUAUGUAUAUAAUAUAUAUUAUUCCAUCAGUAAUUUGUUUUCAGUGAUCGUUUAUGAUUUUACAUUCCUUGAAAUGAAAUAAUUACUGCUUCAUUUUGUGAUUUCUAGUCAAUACCACUGAUCACAUGAUAGAAAUGUCAUGACAUCGUGUAACUGCUGACCAGCAACAACCAAAAUUUGACCUGUAAUCUGUCCGUUGUUACAAAUACAUGACUCAAUGGUUUACUGCCGUCCAAAAAAAAACCUUAUAAAAAAAACUAUAUAACCUAUAACCGGUGAGACAUAAAAUCUGCCCAUGCAGGAAGAUAGAUGGGCUUUGGAUACUAAAAAAGCCAAUCGAAAUUAAUUAACAUUGUUCGAGUAAUGUGAGCACUUCAGAACUAUAGUUUACAUUAAAAUGUGACGAAGAUUUCAGAAAUUCCUAGCCUUGUUUUAAGUUGUUUCUUGUGUUAGAACUAUUCUUUUUCCAUUACGAUGCCCUAUAUAUUAUCUUCUUCUGUGGCAGAAUUAAUGUUUAUCAUACUCUUUGCAUUUUGUGUUUGAGAUUAUUGUAUUUCCCGCAACCCAAUGGCAGCUUUUUCAGUUAAAAACUAAAAUGUACAUUUGUUAUUUAGAUGCAUUGACAACACCAUAUACAUGUUGUUUUGCAGGUUUAAAAGUAUUUCAAAAUGCACAUACACCUUUGUGGUAUUCAGUUUUUCAUAAUCAGUGCUAUAACCAAUAAUUGUUAAAUGUGCGUUCUCAUAAUUAUUAUGUGAUUAGUCGGACAGACUUAUCGCAUAUGAUUGAAUCGUAUUGUGAGAACACCUAAAUCAGAAUUACUUUAUAGUCUUAUAUGUUCCAGUUUUUGUAGGGCUGACAAAUCGGUGCGUCUAAACGCAUAACGAGAACACUGCUUAACAGAUUACAGACCAAAGCUGGGGCUGGGUCUGGGUCUGGGCCUGGAGAGUGUGGCAAAGACAUGGAAUGUCUGAUGUAUUUUACUGUCUGGGUCUGUAAUUGUUAUGUGUUAUCAAUGUAAUUGACUGCCUUCAUGUCUUUGGAUAUAUUUUCUCCUAUAAACUUCAACAAUAAUUGCGAUAAUUCCACAUUGCUUGCUAUAUAUCUUUCCUGUUGUUUAUUAUUAAAAUGAAAAAGUAAGGCUCGAACAUUGUGCACAGCUGCCAGUCUGGCAGUGUGAAAAUAUAGCGCAUGUUCUAGGACGUCUAUUGCCAGAUCUGUAGUUAGCGCCAGCACAGACAAGUUGUAUUUUGUCACAUUCAAUUCAAUACAUAUCAUUUUGGACUGGUACCAUACUCACCAGACCCAGAUCUUUGGGCCUAAGUCGACCAGUCAUAUCAUGUGACUAGUACUAGUAGGAAUAUGUCAAGUUUCAGGGGACAUAACCCAUUUUAAAUUGUUGAGAACGGCCAUGAGGUGGCGUGAGAAAAUGCUCACAUUUCUGUCUGCGAUGAAAGGUCACAUAAUAUAUUGAUCGAUUUAAUGAUAGUCUAUUUCUCAAUUCGUAUUCAGAAUUUGGAGAUUGUUGGAAGACUUGCUCCAAGAACCUAAGGUGUUGGGAAAUCUUCAUUUCUAAGCUACCCGAUCAGGGUCACAAAUUUUGGUACAUGCAUAAUGUAAACUAUACUGUGCAUAAUAGUAGUUAUUGUUUCCAAUAUGGAAGCUUUCUAAUGGAAUACAAAGACAUUUGAUAAAAUGUGUGGUUGUGAUGUGGUUUUUGAGUGCCUUUGGUCUCCGUCUGUUAUAUCACACCUGAAAGUCCAUUCCACAAUGUGUAAAGUAACACUUGAGAUUACCAGGACCUGUGCUUAUAAAACUUUUUAGAGUCCAGACUCGAGACUCUUAACAGAUUCUGAGACAGUAAUGUCAUGACAACGCCAUUCAAAUUGUAUGCAUGUGACAUCAUUAGGGAUCGAGUCUAGACCCUAAACGUUUUAUUGUAAGUACGGGCUCAGGUGUGCACUAUUUGUAAUUGCCAUCCACAAACUUUCUGUUUUUUUUGUCUCGCCUUUAUGAAAUGUUAUGGUAGGUGAAACAUUUAAUUACACAGAAUUUUUGUAUUUGUUGACUAGUAAAAUAAAAAACUACAGUUAAAAAUAAAGAAUGCAAUUUUGGCGAGGAAUAUAUUGGUGAGAGAAGAAACCACAGCUGUUACAUAAGCUACUCUUUUUCUGUUUCUGUUUAUAUUGGAAGCAAGUGAACUUUUACAUACUAUACUACAUUUAGAAGUACAAUUUUGGUGGCGCAGAUUUCUGCUGCAAGAAAAGGUCUUCUGAUAAAUUUUAAUUUUUGAAUUUGAUUAUAAUCUAACAAUGGCCACUCUCUUGAAUGGAAUCGAUGCAAGAAAAGGUCUCGUAAUAAAUUUUAAUUUUUGAAUUUGAUUAUAAUCUAACAAUGGCCACUCUCUUGAAUGGAAUCGAUGCAAGAAAAGGUCUCGUAAUAAAUUUUAAUUUUUGAAUUUGAUUAUAAUCUAACAAUGGCCACUCUCUUGAAUGGAAUCGAUGCAAGAAAAGGUCUCGUAAUAAAUUUUAAUUUUUGAAUUUGAUUAUAAUCUAACAAUGGCCACUCUCUUGAAUGGAAUCGAUGCAAGAAAAGGUCUCGUAAUAAAUUUUAAUUUUUGAAUUUGAUUAUAAUCUAACAAUGGCCACUCUCUUGAAUGGAAUCGAUGCAAGAAAAGGUCUCGUAAUAAAUUUUAAUUUUUGAAUUUGAUUAUAAUCUAACAAUGGCCACUCUCUUGAAUGGAAUCGAUGCAAGAAAAGGUCUUCUGAUAAAUUUUAAUUUUUGAAUUUGAUUAUAAUCUAACAAUGGCCACUCUCUUGAAUGGAAUUGAUGCAAGAAAAGGUCUUCUGAUAAAUUUUAAUUUUUGAAUUUGAUUAUAAUCUAACAAUGGCCACUCUCUUGAAUGGAAUCGAUGCAAGAAAAGGUCUCGUAAUAAAUUUUAAUUUUUGAAUUUGAUUAUAAUCUAACAAUGGCCACUCUCUUGAAUGGAGUUGAUGAACGAAUAAGCUGCUGAAGUAGCUGUAUGUAAUGGCACCAGUUUCCUCUCUCACUACCUAGAGCAACAUAUGAAAUAGUGGUAGUUUAAAAUGUGCUGAGAUGUCACCAAGUACUGCUUCUCGUUACAGUAGCUGGUGCUAGUGUAUGAUCCUAAUACCUGCCGAGCCAUCAAGGUCUGCAAUAUGAGCUAGUCAUGGAUGCAAUUUGUUUUUUAAUAAUCAAAAUUGUUUUGCCCAGCAGUUUUUAUGUUUUGUCUUUUGGACGUCAUCAAUAGGCUGGUGUUUUGUUGUUGGUCUGUCUUGGGACUUUUUGUUAACACCUAGAUUUUAUUUUUAAUGUACAUGUAAUUAAAUAAUUGUAUUAUUCUCAGUUUUUAAUUUAAGACUGCAGAAGCUGGAUUAACUUGUAAUGAUGUGACAAGUAGGUUAAUUAUGGAGGCAAGUUUUCAGAGAUCUUGUAUACUGUAUAACAUGUUACUAUUACCGUAUGUGAUCAUGAUAAAAUACUGAAAUUUUAUUUUUAUCAGUAUGACAAAAUGUCUAGAUUUUUUUUUUCUACAUGAAAAUAAUAUAUUAAAGUGAAAAUAAUCAUGUUUAAAAAUAACCGAUUGAUUCUUUGAUAAAAAAUUUAAUAUACUACUCAAAGUUUGCUAAGGAUCAUGAAUUCAGGAUUGUGUUCAACAUUAAUAAAGUAAUAUGGCACAAUACACCCCUGAAAACAUUUUAUUUUUAAAAGAUCAGUACUACAGUGGGGAACAAUGGAAUAUUUGUGAUUGAUGUACUGCUAGCCUCUUGCCACAUUAACAGCUGACAUUGUCAUCUCAAGCUCCUAAUCAGUUGAAAGUCUGUAGAAGAUCUUUCUAUUCCUCCAAAUGUUUGACACGUAGUUUGUGCAGAGUCUGUGGCUGGACCUGGAGAUGUGAAAUGGCUACCUUGUAGUAUGUUCCACACACAUUCAAUUGGAUCGAGCUGGCCACUGCAUUUGCACUGUGGUUUCCUGUUGAUGACGGUCAUUAAAUGAGGAUGAAACCACGAUUUAAAGCACCUGCAUAUGGUGGAACACAAGGAUCCAUUAUUUCAUCCCUGUAACGGACAUAUGUCAUUGUUUUCCUGAUCAUGACACAGAGAUUGGCUUGGCCAACCCAUCUAAUCCUUGCCCAGACAUUUACCGAGCCACCAUCAUAGCGGUCAUGUUCCUCAGUAUAACUAUAAGCAUCAUCUUAUCAUUUACCAAUCCUUUUGCCAGACUAGAAAGAUGAUCAGAAAAGCCUAAGCAAUAGAUUAACAAUAGCCUAAGAUUAAAAUCCUAACUUUUUCCAUGAUCAAAAAGAUCUACAAUCCCUAGCAAACUUUGAGUAGUGUAUAGCAGGUAAUUAGUUUUUGUGCACUUGCCUUUGACAGUGGUGUGUCCAAGACUGAGAGUACAUUAUUGAGGAAUUGUUUUUGUUUUUUUAAAAGUACAUGUAUACAAUAUUGAACUGUAAUCGUGUAUAAUCAUUCUGUUGUAGUUGCUCAGCCAUAAGACUGAGAUAUAUGUGUUUUAAUUCUGAAUGUAAAUGUAGCUGGAGCAAUAAAUAUUAUAUACCUAU